UCCACAGACACUCAACCUCCAAACCUACACGUCCCGACUUGCAUUUUGUGGUGUGAAUUCUGCCGAGAUACUGUCGUAGUCCCUCCACCAGAGAUGAGAUGUCUUCCACACGCCUUCCUCCACUGAGUCCAGAGUCCUGUACCCGCAUAUUCUGAGACGCCCUCAUCGUUUCACGAGCUCACAUCUCACUGUGCAUUCCUUGACUUUUAUUUUGUAGGGUCUAUAUAUAAGGAGGUCACACAGCUCUUCAAAUGAGCUGAACCUGGUCCUCUACAGAUGGAACUGGUUGAUCUUCAGGCAGACGUGGCACUGAAGGAGCAAUUUGGAGGAAGUGAAUCUGCCACCUUCUGGAUGGAGAUGGUCCCUGGAAAAGGCUUCACAGGUCUGAGUAAAAUAGCUCUGUACACUUUUUUUCGACCAUGAACAUCGUCAAAGACAAAUAUCGCAACAGGCUCACUAAUGAUCAUCUCCACAUGUGUUUGAGGAUGGCCCUGACAUCUUUCGAGCCCAGAUUCAAAAAGUUGGCUGGAAAAGAUGGAGCCCGCUUCUCACGAGCUCCUCUUUCUGAGUGAUAAAAAAAGAGUAAUUCGGAGGGAGAUGAAUGGAAAACAAUGACAGACAGGAUGGUUUGUGAAGAUUUUCAGUGGCAAAAUGUAUUGAGUUAAAAGUUUAACCAGUUUAGUUACUUUGUUUCAGUGAAUUUCAUGCUACUUUUUUUAAAUGCACUUUAAUUUCAGAUGUGCCUGCCUAAAAAGCCAUUUUGUUUCUAAUGCAGUUCUUUGAAUAUCUGUAGUCUUCAUUUUAUAUGCAUAUAUGCACACUUGAAAAAGAGGAGGGGGUAGUGUGGUUUUGAGACCGAAUUUGAAGCGCUUAGUAUUUUGUGCCAAAAGGGACACCGUUCGUGCCGCGUGAUGACCUCACGCACGCUUCAGAUGCGCCGUUCGACGGUUGCGGUCUCUGAAAUGGGACACAGGAAGGGUACAUAACGGCGCAAAACGGCACAUAACGGCACAAAACGGCAGUGCACUCAGCUAAGCGCCGUUAAGCGCGCUUAUCCCGAUGCGGUCUCUGAAAUGAGACACAGCCUCAGAUAGAGGAAGCUGUCGUACCUUACCUGUCCAGCAGAUGGUGCUGCACACAGUUGGGAUCCAAAGGUCUACAGGUCCAGUGUGUAAAAAUGAAAAUAAUUAGCAGUGUCUAGUAGUCAGAUUCUGGGUUGACUACAUUAAUUUGCUCACACUCAUGAAUAUUAGACUCCAUUUGGACUGAGUCUGUUUUGCUAAACAUCACAUACUGUGGCUUUAAUCAAACUUGGAUAUUCUUGUUGUUUUGUAUAUAAGUGUGAAAAGGCGACUGAUUCCUGGCUGGUUUGUGGUGAAAUCUUUAGGAGGUUUAACGGUCACUUUAUUUUAAGUCCCAAAGGAAAACAUUUUUUAAACCGCAACUUCUCGUUUUUAGACCAAAUAAUUCUGUGCGAGGCCAGAAUUUCUCAACCAAAACUGUUUGGGGGAGGGUAUUAGGUUGCGGUACUGAGUGUGUGUGUGAGAGUGUGUGUGUGUGGUCCAAAGUGUGAGUGCAGCACACACAAAGAGAGGGGCGGGCUUGGUGGGAGGACAGCUUCCCUCCCCUCCCCUCUCAAAAUACACACAUACAUCUGACAGCCGUUUGUUGAACUCCCUCCCUCGUCUACUUCACUUCAUUAUGUAACCCAGAAAUCAAGUUUGGAGUUUGAAUUCUAGAAGUGCAGACACCGGGGUUCACAAGACCUGAGACAAGAUUUCUCCUCUCUUUCAGGAACUAAAGGUAGGCAGCAGCUCUGUUUAUCCUACAUCUGCAAACUCAUGCUUUUGCAACAGCAGCAGAAAGAGGAGAGUCUGAUCUUUGGACUUGUGCAACACUUCAGUUUUCCACAGUUUCAGCAGCUGCAUGUUGAUCUUCCUCUCGUGCAUUCCCUGUCUAACUCUCAACAACACACAUGUAGAGGGAAAGGGCACUUAAGCACAUGCUUUUACCUCAUGUCAUGAGUGGAGAUUGUGCUAAAUGUUGUGAGUCUACUAGGAAGUCCCCACUGAACACAGAUGAUGAGAUUAGAAAACAAGAAUACCACCAGGAAUUAGUCUGAGCUUGCAUUCCCCUGGACUUUAAUCUGUUAAGCUACGUCUCAGUCACUUCUUUUUUGCUUAUUAUCCUCUGGUUUAAAAAUGAAUCCAUGAAGACAAUGAAAAAUGCUCACAUGCAAAAGAAAAAAAAAACUUGCAGCGGCUUGUUUCAGAGUAGGAGGGACAUGGGUCAAACUGAAGGGUUUGCAGAAUGGAAAUAAGAAUGAACACAGUGUACUUUCUCUUUAAAUAUCUUUAAAAGUCACAAAAAUUAAUGACAGAUGUUACAGAAAUUAAGUAAAGUCAGUCGUCAAACUCCACAGGAAAUAACCUGAAGCUGACCUUCUGCUGCAGUGUGAAUCAUCUAACCCAUUGUCUCACAUCCUAUUUACUGUCCAACUCUUUACUUUAGCAGGAAUGUGAUUUUCCCACAUUCAUACAGAACCCAAAAAGGUGACCCUUGAAUCAUACACAGGAUAUAUUUUGAAUGAAGUGAGUCUAAACUAGGGUGACCCUAUUCAGACUUCCCAAAAAGAGGACGCGACUACGCGGGGGUGGAGUCACGGAGUCACAUAAAGUUAAAGGUGGUGUAGUCAGGAUCUGAGUUAGUUCCAGUUUUUAGGAGAAAUCUUGAAUGUAAACUCUACUCCUCCAAACCAGUUUUCCCCUCAGCUCCUCCUCUUCCCUCCCGGUCUGCUCCAGCAAGCCCCGCCCACAAACAGACACUCCUGCUCUGGUCCAUGGUGCCGUCCAUGUUCUUCUUGUUUUUUCCUUUUUGUGGCUCACUCAUGUGUCCUUGUUCCUUUUCUCAGACUUCAUCCAUGGGGAGCAUCCCAGCAGUUUCUCUUCUCCCACUAGUCCUGAGCGUCUCCCUCCUGAUGAGUCCCAGUGUCCAGGGUGGAAAGAUUCUGGUGUUCCCGGUUGAUGGCAGCCACUGGGUCAACAUGAACCUGCUGAUCCAGAACCUCCACAGCAGAGGUCACGAGGUCACUGUGAUCCACACUUCCACGAGCUGGUACAUCAAAGGAAACGCGCCACAUUACCGCUCCAUUACCAUCACUCUACCAAAGGCCGUCGACAUCGAGGAGGAGGACUUCUUCAUAAACUUCCUGGGGAAGAUGCUGGAGAUCAAGAAAGCAGGAGGGUCUCCUUUAGCUUUGAUGGAGUUCUUCUGGGAAAUGAUCACUGGGUUGUCAAAAAUUCACGAACAAGCCAGCAUGGUGGGGGUAGAAAUACUUGAGAACAAGGCUCUGUUACAGAGCCUUCAUGAAACUCAGUUUGAUAUGGUUCUGAUUGACCCAGGUUUGCCUGUUGGAGUUAUUGUCGCUCAUGAACUUCAGCUCCCGGUUGUUUUCAAUGUGAAGUGGAUCACCAGUGGAGAGGGGCACUUUGUGGUGGCUCCAACUCCUAUAUCUUACGUCCCAGUCCCUGGACAUGCUGCCACGGACAAGAUGACCUUUGUGGAAAGAGUCCAAAAUGUUCUGUUUUAUCUCCUCAACACGUGCAUCGACAAGUUUGUAGUGUGCCCUCACUACGACAGACUGGUGGAAAGGUACCUUGGUCCAGAUGUGAACUUCUAUCACCUUCUUCAAGGAGUAGACAUCUGGCUCAUGAGGGUGGACUUUGUCUUUGAAUUCCCUAGACCUACCCUGCCAAAUAUUGCCUACAUAGGUGGUUUUCAGUGCAAACCGUCUGAGGGUUUAUCCUCAGAGCUGGAGGACUUUGUGCAAAGUUCAGGAGAGCAUGGAUUCAUCGUAAUGACUCUCGGUACACUAAUUAAGGGUCUGCCAACAGAGAUCACCUCUGAAAUCGCAGCUGCCUUCGCCCAAAUCCCUCAAAAGGUCAUAUGGAGGCAUCUUGGUGAGCGGCCCAGCACUGUGGGCAACAACACCCUGCUGGUGAAGUGGAUGCCCCAGAAUGACCUCCUGGGUCAUCCGAAGGUCAGAGCCUUUGUGGCUCAUGGCGGCACCAACGGAAUCUAUGAAGCCAUCUACCACGGAGUGCCAAUCUUAGGCAUACCCCUCCUGUUUGACCAGUUUGAAAACAUUAUAAGACUGGAGGCAAGAGGAGCUGCCAAAUCCGUCGAUGCGUCCACACUCACCAGUCAGAGCUUUCUGGAAGCUUUAAGAGAAAUUCUUCACAACCCUUCCUACAGUAACAACAUGAAACGACUCUCCUCCCUCCACCGCGAUACACCGGUACAUCCUCUACAUACCGCCAUCUACUGGAUUGAGUUUGUUAUCAGGCACAAAGGAGCUUCACAUUUACGCACUGAGUCUUAUAAGAUGCCCUGGUAUGUUUACCAUUCUGUGGAUGUGAUGGUCUUUCUGCUGGCACUCAUGCUGGUUCUGACAGCCAUUGUGGUCGGAACAGUCCGAUUUAUUUGCUCUAGACUGUGCAGAAGGAGGAAACCAAAGCAGGAGUAGAUUCUGACUCUGAACACCAUCCUGUAGGAUCAGGCUGAUCCGGAUUUAUGUCCUUUGCUUUGUUUCAAGGAGGCCGACACAGGCCCAGACAGGAUCACAACUGCAGUAACAAUCAAUAAAACGGACUACUACGGGAUUUCGUGAACAUAUUCAGGGUCAACAAAAAGACGAUGAAAUGUCUUGAUGACUUUUACAAAUAAUUGUCGUUAAAUUAGUAACAGGUGAUCAAGGAGGCCAGAGGAAAAAUUUGAGUGCUUCUGAUAAAUGCUUUACUUCCCAGAGGGUCAACAUCUGGAGGAGGGACUGGCACCAAAUUUAUGGUAGACUUAAAGUUCUGAAGGAGUUAAUGUGAUCCUUCCUUUAACCCUGUCACAAUGUGGACGCCGACAGUUUGGUGUCUAGUUUGGUUUAAUGAAUACAGAAGAGGAUUAGGGUCACUGGAAAUAUAUAUAAUUCUGACAUAAAGUCUGAAUUCUGUUUUUUUUCCUCUUUAUCGGGGGCUGAAAUAUAUUCUAAAUUUUUUUUACUUGUAUCAGAAUUUUGAAGUUUAUGUCAGACUUCUCGAAUUUAACUCAAGAUUCUGAGAAUAAAAUCAGAUUUUUAAGAUUAAAAUCAGGAGUCUCAGAUUAAAGUCUGAAUUCUGGUGAUGACAUUUUUUGUUGAGGUCAGAAUUUUUAUCAAAAAUUUUGUCAGGCUUCUCAGAUUUAAAUCAGUAUUCUGAGGUUUUUAUGAAUGUCAGAAUUACUUUUUAAAAACUGAUUUUAUUCUCAGAAUUCUGGAUUUUAUAUCAGAUUCUGAAAUUUAAGUCUCAAUUCUGUUUUAAACCUGGAAUUAAGACUUUUUAAAGAUUAUAAUCCUGAAAUUAAGGCCAAAAUUUUCUGAAUAAAGUUUUAAAGAAUGUUUUUUAAAGAAAACAUCAAAACCAAAUUUUGAACUUUUGAUUUUUUUUUUUUUUACCUGAAAUGUUGAAAAUUUUUCACUGAAUUUUAAGAUGAAAGGCAGAAUUCUGAGAUCGAAGUUAGAAGUCUGAUUUUAUUCUUUAUUCAUUGAAGUUUGAUAUUUUUUAAGUGCUCUGAGAUAUUACAUAAUCAUUGUCAUUUUCUGAGAGAAAAUUAAGAAUUAAAGAAAAUUUAUCUUUUUUUUUUCCCUUCUGUAGAUCAGUUCUUUGUCUUUGGUGCAAAAUUGAAUUGGUAAACUUGAUAAACAGUCGACUGGCAGCAGCUAGAGUUAGACAUUUGUCCACGGAGAAGCAGAAAAAUUAAGUUACCGGAGAUAAAAUUUAACUGUGAGUACAGUAACAUUGUGUUGAGAACAAACUGGGAAUAACCUGCAACAACUUUAGACUUCUGAUGGAAAAAAAUCAUAAAAUCUCGAGAAACAUUUGUCAGGUCAACAGUACAUUUACACUGUUUACUGUACUGACUUUCACCACAUUGACAGAACAUCUAUUUUUAAUGCCACUAUUAGCACAUUGUAAAAUAUAAUAAUUUUUUGUUUUUAUUUUUUCACUUCAUUUGUUUUAUGCACAAACCCAAAAAGAUGAGAAAACUCACAUUUACCUCUUUUUUUACAUGUUUUAUGUCUGCAUUGUUAUGUUGAAUCAAUGCUUCGACUUUGUUAUGUAUGGUUUUACAAAAAAAGUGAAUGCAGUCUGUUAAAGUUGUACUUGAGAUAAAUAAAAAGUCAGAAAAGACAAA